UAUCAUGUUAAUGGAAUGAAUGAAACAUCACAUCAUGUUAGUGGAAUGAAUGAAACAUCACAUCAUGUUAGUGGAAUGAAUGAAACAUCACAUCAUGUUAGUGGAAUGAAUGAAACAUCACAUCAUGUUAGUGGAAUGAAUGAAACAUCACAUCAUGUUAGUGGAAUGAAUGAAACAUCACAUCAUGUUAGUGGAAUGAAUGAAACAUUACAUCAUGUUAGUGGAAUGAAUGAAACAUUACAUCAUGUUAGUGGAAUGAAUGAAACAUCACAUCAUGUUAGUGGAAUGAAUGAAACAUCACAUCAUGUUAGUGGAAUAAAUGAAACAUCACAUCAUGUUAGUGGAAUGAAUGAAACACCACAUCAUGUUAGUGGAAUAAACGAGUUUAAAGAAAUUUCUUAA